GCUGCCUCCGGUCUGUUGCGACCUACUUCACACCCUGAACACGGACGCUGUUGGAAUCGUUGCCCGGGCAUAUAGUAAACCACUUUUAAGAAUUAUCUCAUGGACUAACAAAUGAAUAUUAUGCAGUCCCAAAGAAUGAGUGAGGGAUUUACACUCCCAAGCGAAGUUUUGAAGCGUUUUGGGGGUUUAACAAGCAUCCAGAAGCAAGAUUUGUACAACCAUCAGUCGCUCGAUUUUGUGUGGAUACCAGAAUAUCUUAAAGCUCAGGUCACCGGUGUUGAUUCAUUGGAAAAAUAUGGGAUCUGCAAAUCUCCCAAUUCAUCCAAUCUACCCAAACCAUACUUCGUGUGUCCGGAUGUUCAAUCAUCCUCCACCGGUUUACUGGAUGUGGAACGAUUUUGUUGCGGGCCACCUUCUCAUCAAACUUGCUGCAGACUGUCGACGUUUUCGGCUAACAUCCGCGUGGUUCGCUCCACGCUUGCUUUGUCGCCGUCAAUUAUCAUAGGCCUUGGUCUUACGUUUUUACUGCUGUCCAUCUUGAUCACCAUCGUUGCCUAUGCGAGAAUUGCACGCGCCUUGAGAAAAGAAUCCAGUGCGAUAAAGCUAUCGUUUCGCCGUAGUUCGUCUCAGGUUCCACCUCGAAAGCACUUGUUAUCCAGUAGUGAUACGUACUCAUAUGUCAAGUCGAAUUCGCACGACGAACUUAUCGGUUAUUCGGGCCUCUCCAAGUACCAACAGGGCAGUGUGGAUCAGAGCGGUCAAUUCACUGCUGCUGCUGAAAAACCCUUGGCUCUGAGAGCGUUGGGAAUAAAUUACGGACCCGACCCACCGGCGUCAAAUCACUCUGUGCAGGCGGCGAGGAAGAUGGACCACAAAAGGGCGUCUAAAGGCCCACAUCUUUUAUAGGUCUAUGGAUUCAUUUGGAGUUUGGAUUUCGUCAUUUGUGCAUUAGUGAUUGUGCUUUGAAUAACUUCGCAAUUUCUUUAUGCAAAAUAAUUUUGAUU